AGAAUACAACUUCACAUAUCAUACUUAAUUAGGCUUUUAAAAAGAGACAUACCAAGGAUGGGUUUGAUGACAAGAGUUUUUUUCUUGAUUGCCAUGGUUGCAUGCUUUGCUUCAGUUGCUCACGCCAUUGCAGGCCAAGCAACGUUCUACACUCCUCCUUACGUGCCAUCAUCAUGUUUUGGCUUUGAAGAUCGUGGUGUUAUGAUUCUAGCAGCAAACAGUGGUUUGUUUGCCAACAGAGCUGCAUGUGGAACUAGGUACCGUGUUACUUGCACCGGUAGAACCAAUGAUGGUGUUCUGAACCCAUGCACAGGCAGAAGCGUUGAUGUAACUGUUGUAGAUCUUUGUCCCGGAUGUGCAGCAAAUCAAGUUGACCUUUCCCGAGAGGCGUUUGCUGUGAUUGCUAAUACGGAUGCGGGGAGAAUUAACAUUGAAUAUAACCGGAUCUGAUUUAAUAAAAAUACGUAUGCAAUACGCCAAUAAUCAAUUCUCUUCUGAUCAGUUUGUUUUAAAAUAAAUGAUACUCAAAUGUAUUUAAUUAAGCAUAUGGGGAUAUGCUUGUAUACGUCUCAUGGCAAUAUAUGUAUGAUGUAUGGGCUGAAUAAAAUCUCUAUGUUUCGUU